CAUACUACAUACACACUCAUCAUUAGUUUCGAGAAUAAAAUAAGUCAAUGUAAUAAACUAUGGACACCGACAAAGUGGCAUAAAUAUAUGACCUAAACGGUAAGAAUAAGGUCUACUUAGUCGGUUGAAAAUAGAAAAGUUUAAAAACAUUAGUGCAAAUUACAAAAACGGGAUCAAAUUACAUAGACAGUAUGGCACACUGUUCCUAUAGGUACGCAUUCUCUAAACAUCCCAAAAAUAUUUCUAAAACUAAUUGAAAAUAGCCCCAUCAUAAAAUACCUAUCCAUUCAUUCAUUAAUACACGGCCCUAACCCUCUAAUAACAAGUUAUAGCAUUUUAAUUAUAGAGCCGCCCGCGAACCCUCCGGUAGAGCCCUGAAAUACUUUAACAUGCCGUCCACAGAUGGCGCUGUGACCAAACAGUGAAAUUUUCAUUGCGAGCCAACUUCGCGCCGGACUUAUUGAUUUUCCUCUCACCACUGACUUCCCAUUCUUCUUUCAUUUCCUCGCAAGCUCUCCGGUACUUUACACUAAAUAUCCCAGUAAAUGUAGUGAAAUGUAACCUUCUUAGUUAUGAUUUGACGAAAGAAGUGUCCUUUUAUUUAGUGGUUUUUUGUUGGUGGUUUUAUUAUGUUGGUGAUGGGAAACUCAGGAGCAGUGGUGAUGGUGGUCAAAUAAAGGGAUGCCGAAACGUAUCCCGUUCCACGUCGUUUACGCAACAAGUGAGGACAGCUCGUACCCAGCAUGCGAGCUGAACUCGCAGGGGCCGGCGGCCUGGCGCUCGGCUGGCCCGCCGCACGAGCUCGGCGGGCGGCCCGCCGCACGAGUUGCUCUCCUGCGGCUCACCAGCGUCGCCAGCGUGCACCAGAGCUGCUGCUGCGCUCACCACCAGCUCAUCCCAUCAAGCGUAGAGGUGCUCGUCUCCGGAGGUCUGGUCUCCGAGGGCGCAGCCACACCCUGUGGAGCCACCUACACCAGCGUGGGUCGCGUCACCCUGGCCAAGCCUGUGUCGCAGGCCCGGACCAGGGAGCUCAGAUCGGCUGCUCUUCCAGAACCUACGAUCGCUCGAUUCGUGAAGCUGAAACUAUCUGGCCCGCAUCCACCAGCAGCGGAUAAUGACCAGGUGGCGUUGAUGGCAGUGAACGUGUUGGGCGAGGAGGUGGAAGACCUGGAAAAGUCACCUGUGUCCAACAAGGAGCUGUGCUACUCCCCAUAUGAUGACCUGGCCUUCGUCAUGUACGUGGACACCGAGAUCGCAGACCUAGUCAGGAGUUUGGAUGAGAAGAAAAGAGCUGCAGUCUGUGAAGAACGUUUCGAGUACGCUCGGCGGCUGAAGUCAGCAGGCUCAGCGCUGGCAGCGGCGGGCAUCAGGAUCGGGCGGUGGAGGCUGCGCAAGCGCACGGCGGCGGCGCGCGACGACUUCGAGCUGGCGCGGCGCAUGCGCGACCGCAUCGCCGACGCGCUGGUGGGGAUCAAGGACGACCCGGCGCUCAUGAGGCUGUUUGAGGAGGAAGGGCCGGACGCCCGCAACGACUCAUCAAUGCCGCAAGAGUACGAUUUCUCCCACCACCUGUCUCCGUCCGUGGCUGCUGGUGCCCUGAGUCUGGACAUACCCUCACCAGUACCACCCAUCGAUGAACCCGACUGUCAGGAACAGCAGGACGAUGAAGAUGAUGUGCCUCAGGCUCAGAGGAAGGAAGAAAUCCAAAGAAGAGAGGAAGCACUGAGGAGAGAUGAACUCCAAAGGAGAGACGAAAUGCAGAGGAGAGAAGAGACCCAGAGAAGGGAUGAGGUCCUAAGAAGAGAAGAGAUCCAGAGGAGAGAAGAAGAAGAGCUGAGGAAAGAGACUGAUAGUCCUAGGAGAAGUAUUACGCCUAACGCAGCCAACGGCACUUUGGUGCGGCGGAGGAACAAAAGUGCGGGGCCGAGAUCUACCUUUGAAGCGUAUGAAGAAAGAUUGCUUCCAGCGUUGAGACAUUCUCACACGAACGAGUACCUUCGCGAGGCGCGAGAAGAGGAGUGCAGCGGCGGUGGAAGCGCCUCCUCACACCCCAGACCACCGCACAAACUUAACGAGCGGGAGCGCAAGCAGGCUGCGCUGCCUAUUCUCAUCUUUGGAUAUCCAAUCGUGGAGAAAUUCUACUCCAAAAACUACCUGGACAAAGAAGAAGGGUUGGCCCGAUUGCGCGCCGAGCUGACAUCUCCAUCCAACGGCAGCACGAAGACGUCUCCCAACAAGACUGCGCGAGCGGCGGCCUUGCUGCUGCAGCGGGCCUUGAGGGACAAGGUCUUCUCGGUCUACAGCCAGGCCAAUGAGGUGCUGAAGACGCUGUUCCAAGAGUUCGUGCCCGGCAGGGUAUGCGCCGCCGAAGUAGGCCGAUGUUUGGAAAAGCUGCUGCCGGAACUACUCCGCGCUUGCGGAGACCCGGCGCCCAGGGUCCACUCCACAGCCCAGCACACCGUGCUCACAGUUGCCGACUGCCCACAAGUCAGGGCGCUCCACAUAAUCCCCCAACAGCUGGUACGCGCGGUGCCUGCCUCGAUGCAUCCUCGGCUGGCGCUGUCUCGCCUGCAGAUGCUGGAGCAGCUCAUACUCAGCCACGGUAUCUCCACCGACAAGAACAGCGGGCUGACGGUCCGUCGGCUGGCGGAGUGCGGCGCGGCGGGCGCGCAGCAUGCGGCCGGAUCCGUCCGCGCCGCGGCGGAGCGCAUCCUACUCGCCGCCUACGCGCGAUCACCCAGGGUCGUGCGCGCUCAGUUACCGCCUGACGACGCCGUCACGCGCAGAAAUCUCAUCUACAGGCAUCUGUUCCAGCAGUUUGACAGGAUUGACAUGCAGAAAAUUUUAAACCAAGCACCAUCAGAAGAACAGCUACUAAAUGGCGACCAAUCAGCAUCUCACUCCGCAGCAGAAACCGCGAGCGUCGCCCAAUCAACGCGCAGUGGCACCACCAGCGGCAUGACGUCAUCCUUCGGGAUGACGUCAUCCAUCGGAGCCACCUCCUCCUACAGCCUAAAAUCCAUGACUUCUAGCGUCAGUGGAGCUACACUAGCGCCAUCCAGCUUAAGCGGAAGCUACACGACCUCCAAGUCGAAGAGUAGCCUUAAAAAAUCUCCAACCAAGAAAUAUACUCCGAGCAGGGUUGUAAAGGAUUUCGCAAACUAUCCGUGUUACAAUAAGCUGAGGUUAGAUAGUGCUGUCAGUCCGAAACAUUCUCCAAGAUCCAGUGCUGCGGAGAAGGUUCAUUUCCAGGACAAGGACGAGGAACCGCCAGUGGUGUACCGACGCACGAACCGCAACUCAGAAAACCGCCACUCCAUGAUCCAUUACGACCACGACAACUCGAAGCCGCAACUCAAAGAGCGGCCCAUCACCGUUUACGAACCACUACAUAUAGACUACAGAGAUUCACCGUCUUUAGGAUCACCUAAAAACUCCAGAAUGGACGUUCGAAGCAUGGACUCUUUGCCUAUGGACUCGCCGCAAAUGUCGAGAAUAGAUUUGAGAUGUGAUUCUGAUAGCAGGAGUUUGGAUUCACCCAAAGUGAAGGCCGAGUAUUAUAGGGAGGCGGUGUUGGAAUCCCCUAAACUGGUGGCUGGGUUGAGGAAUUUGCAACUGGAUGACAGUCAGAUGGAUGAGAGCGGUUACUAUAGCCCUGGGCGGCGGCAGCAGGCCGGGAGCGAACAUUUCGAGUCGUACGAACGGGGAGCGGGAGAUGUGAGCAGCGAUACCACGCCAGAGCCGGUUUGCAAUACAACGUGCUCUUGGUGCGGACCGCGCGCGGAUGGGCUGGAGGCGCACUACGGCGCUGCACCUGCCCCGGCUGCCGGUGAGUGGAGGCGUACGAUUGUGUUGUCUAGGGACCCUGAUUUUUUUAUAGAAUUUCCCUCAAUUUAUUUGUUAUUUACAGAAGAAUGCUCAAUGGGCGAGGGUUCGUGGAAGGCGUGUGGCAAAUGCGGCGCUGCGCUGGCAGUCGGCGACUCAGACUACCACAACUGCAUUCCAUUAGGCAUGGACGAAUGGAAGUGCCCAUACUGCCUGACCAACGUGCUGGCGCGAGACCUGCCGUGGCAGCGCCAUCUCAUGCAGUGCCCGCGCAACCCGAGACUCAGCAAAACGUAACGUAAAUAGGUCUAAUGUGAGAUUCUUUAUUUUCAGAAAUG